GUGUCCGUUCUUUCCUCGCGUGUGCUGGCAAUGUUACCCGUUUGUGGUAGUGUUAUUACGCUUUGGUGACUCGAGUGGGAAUUUUAAAUCUUAUUUUUUACUGAAUAUUAUCAUGUGAAAGAUUCUCCGUGGAUUAUUUAUCGGGUCAAAUACCUCCGUGUGGUGUAUCGUGAAUUAGUGAAGUAAAUUCUAACAGCAAAAGGAUUAUUUUAAUGCAUCGAUGGAUUGUCAAAGAGUUACCGAGGCUGGCGCGUGAAGUAUGAGUUCCUGCUGGGCAUAGUGCGAGAGCCGAGUCGUCUGCUGCCGGACUCCCUGGCGAAGGAGCUCCAGAUGGUGGAGGCAAAGCGCCAGGGCUACGCCAUCGAGAGGGCGCUCGUGCAGGCCAACAUCGACACGUGGGAGACCAUGGGCGGCAACAAGGGGAGGAGGCUCAAGGACAAUCGUCCAGAGAGCAUCAGGUCGCUGUACGAGCAAGUGGCUAACCUCGACUGCAUGUUAACUUCGCUGGAGACUCAGAUCGACGUUCUCUCCUCGGUCAAUAAUAACUUGCCAAAGGAAUUCCAUGACACGUUCCACGACUCCGGCACGAGUGGCCAUGAGCCGGACAGCCUCGAGGCCAUCCAGACGGUGGUGAGCGGAGAUAUGGUCGAAGGAGGACGUCUCCCUCCCUCGCCUCCUGAUGGCGACGCUGAAGGAGGAGGAGGCGGGGAAGAAGGGGGAGGUGGAGGACGGCCGAGCGAGGCGGCGGUGCUUCUGCAUCUGGAGCGCUGCGCCCAUCGGCAGACCCGCCGGUGCUUCCAGGAGAUGAAGGAGCGCUACGAGGCCCUGCAGCACCAGCUCAACCAGAGGGCCAUCAAGGUCGAGCACUCGGUCAGGAGCGUCGGCAGCGCCCUGGAGAGCCUCCACAUCGAGCACGAGUCGACCCUGAACUCACUCGAGUCACUCAACUCAGUCAACUCGAACGACCGACUCGUGGACGAACUCAAGCUGCGAGAGAUGACAAUCAGCCAGCUACGGACCCGCGUUCUCCAGCUGGAAAAGGACAGACUGGACAAAGUGCCUCUCGACGCUGCCAAGGAGAUCAACCGACUCAACAAUAAUUUGAUUCAGCUGGAGAAACAACGCGACGAACUCACGCUCCACAACUUCACCCUCAAGUCCCAGCUCUCGGACGUAGCCAGCAAGAUCCACGACCCGGCAGCAACGUUCCAAGUUAAUAAAGACCCCCCACAGAGCCUCAAAGAAAACGGAAGCCUCAGAGAAAACGGGAAUCUGAAAGAAAAUGGGAACGCCAAGUCCAAGACCUCAGCGGACGAUCCCGACGUAGUCAAAGUCCUCCGAAAAGCGACUUACAAGGUCUCAGGAGACACCCAAAAGCUCCGUCAGCUGUGUACCGAGUUCGAUGCCAAAGAGGAAGACUACAAGAAGCGCAUCCACGACCUGGAGACCGAACUCAGAAACCACCAGAACGAAAGCACGAAGACACACGACCGAGACAUAAGGGAGAUGGAGAACAGGAUGGAGAUGGUGGCGCAGAAACUCGAGGCGGCCGAACGGUACAUGGCAGGCAAGGAGGAGGAAUGUAACAUGCUCAAGUUGGACCUCGAUACGCUCAACGAGGAGAACAAGAGGCUUAAGGAGAACCUCAAUGAUAUGAUGUUGAAGCUACAGGACUACGAAGAAAUACUGGCGCAGAAGAAAACCCUGAACGAGCAGUAUUCCCGCAUUUUGGAAGAACACCGGGUGCUUUCUGAAGACUUCAACAGAGAAAGGGUUCUCAGAAAGAAGUACUACAACCAGGUGGAGGAAAUGAAGGGCAAGAUCCGCGUGUUCUGUCGCGUGCGGCCGAUUACCGAGUCCGAGCGGCGGCGCGGCAGCAGCGGGAGUAGCGGCGGUGGCGGUGCGGGCGAUGCGUCGGUAGUGGUGACCGCGGAGGACGAGUUCUCGGUGAGCCUGAACACCCAGCGCGGAGGUCAAAGGUCAUUCCUGUUCGACAGGGUGUUCCAACAGCACGAGGAUCAGGAGGCCGUCUUCAGGGAUACUCACGUCGCGCUCGAUUUUGUCAACAAUACACCAGAGUCAGUUCAGAAGCGUGAUAUAGAUCUGAAAUUCAUAUGGAAGGACCCAGAGCUAAAGAUAGUUGCAUCGAAGGGUCGUCGAUUCCUCGCAAGGGACGCUGAACCACCGCCAUACCAGCUGAGUAGCCUCCCUGUUUCAAGAGGAUCCAGUGUAUACAGUAUAGUUACUCGUGAUAAGGCUUCUAAACCUUUUCUUUUCGAGCCUCUGCCACCGAGGGCUCACUGGGAUUGGUAUCACCUCAAGCCUGUGAAGAGCUUCUGGAAGAUUCUUGGUGUUAAGUAUUCAACCGGGAUUUGCGUUCCAAGCCGUGAAUAUAACACGGCCGACGUCAAGAAAGAUGGUUAUAGAAAACGAGAAAACUGA